AUGGGCCUGUCUGAUGCUGUGCAGGAAGGUCAGUCCCGACAAGGAAAUGGUCACAGCACUAGGGAGGCACCGCCGGAUCGACUCAAGUUGCUCAAAGGAGCAGCUGGAAUCUACUUUUUCUUCAUUUGGUAUGGAAGGCUUCAAGAAAGGAUCUUUAAGUUCAAGUCUUCAACCGGACAGAGGUUCACUGCAGUGUGGUUUCUGCAGUUGGUGGAUACUUUGAUGAACGUGGCAGUAGGCUACGCCGGGCGGUGCAUCCAGGGAAGCACGGUUGGCUUACCUCAGGCGCUUCUGGUCGCUUCAGGCGUCGGGCAAGUACUUUCGAAGUACUGCACAAGUGCUGCUCUUGCCGCCGGCCUGUCCUUUCCUGUGGCCACGCUGGCCAAGUCUGCAAAAAUGCUUCCGGUUAUGAUCGGAUUCCUUCUUUUGGGACAAGCCAAGUUUACGCUUCGCCAGUAUCUGCAAGCUCUAGCCAUCGUUGCCGGGACAAGUAUCGUUUCGCUGUCGGAAGGACGGAACAAGAAAGUCGGCGGCAGCACCACGAUCGGACUGGUCUUCAUCAUGAGCGGUUUGUGUUUCGAUGGAGUGGUUAGCGGCGUCCAGCAAAGACUAAAGGUUCAAUGCCGGAAGGAAUACAAGGAGGUCCGUCCGUAUGACCUCAUGUUCUGGACAAACCUUUACAUGGCAGUCACAUCUAGCCUCUUCGCAGUUCGGUCAGAGCUUCGCGAGGGUCUGACAUUCUGCUUCGCGAACCCGAAUUUCGCUCGGCAAGUUGUUCAAUUCUCCAUAUGCGGGGCCUUGGGCCAGGCCAGCGUCUUCUACACAAUCGCAAACUUCGACAGUGUGGUUUGCGCAGCGGUGACUACAACCCGCAAGUUGCUGUCGGUGCUGAUUUCUGUGUUGGAAGGUGGCGGCUUGCCCGUGAUGGGUUGGCUUGGCAUCGGCGUGUCCUCGCUUGGCAUUGCAGGCCCCAAGUAG